CCCUGAGAUGGCCUACCCAUGCCAUGGAAAUGGACUGCCUUCAAGUCCAUCCCGACUUAUGGCGACCCUAUGAAUAGGGGUUUCAAGUGCAAAGGAUAUAGUUUGUGCACCUCUCAAGAUGGAGUAUGACCUGAUCCGUAUUGCAAUGGCGGCAGCGGUUCUGAAGAUAAAUUAGAUUGAAGGCCUGAUCUGAAGAGGACCCCUGAUAUCUUUUAAAAGCUCUUGGAUCACCCGUGGACUUGGCGCUUGGGUGGUGAGCAGUUCCAGCAAAGGAAUUUACAGUGUGUGGGUGUGGCUCAUACUGCUGCCCAUGGUCAGGAACACUUCUAGAAAACGGUCCAUGUCUCUGCUGUUGGCCAAAGAAUCCCUUCCUCUUCCCCUUGGACACCAGCUGUUUAUGCAAGGGACAUAUUAUUAUGCCUGCAGGAUCCCUAAUGUUGCCAACCUUGGAUCUAACUAUGCUUCUGUGAUCAACCCUCUGGAUUCCUUAUUCUGUUGAAACUUGAUCUCAAGCCAGCUUUUGGAGGGCCCCUCCUCUUUCUCCCAGGGAGGGCCAAACACUUAACUUGGACUUGGGCAUUCUUGACACUUUUUUUUCCUUUUUACCAAUCCUUCUGCCUUUAGAAAAAAUACAUGCUUUUCAUCCGUUUUAUUUUUUGCCUGAUUCUGGUGGGAGGGGGCUCUCCUUUCCUGUCCUGUCACCAUGGUCUGGUGUGUCUGCUUUCUGUCCGAAGAAGAGAAAAAUGCCAUUGCAAUCGAUAAAGAAAUAAACCGGCUUCUUCAGGAGCAGAAGAAGCGGGAUCGAUGGGAAUUGAAGCUGCUUUUGCUGGGUACCGGGGAAAGUGGUAAAAGCACCUUCAUCAAACAGAUGCGGAUAAUCCACGGGUUGGGCUAUACAGAAGAGGACCGGAAAGGAUUUGCCAAGGUGGUUUAUCAGAACAUCUUCACAGCUAUCCAGGCCAUGAUCAAAGCCAUGGAGGCCCUCCAGAUUUCUUACGCCCAGCCGGAAAAUGCGCAAAACGCCCAGAUGCUCAUGGGUGUCGAUGCUUACAAAACAACGGUGAUGGAUGCGUGCCAUGCGAGGAUGAUCAAAAGCUUGUGGAAAGAUGCCGGGAUCCGAAUUUGCUACCGGAGGCGAAGGGAGUACCAUUUGCUGGAUUCCACUUCCUAUUUCCUCGCCAAUCUGGAUCGCAUUGCAGGGGAAGGAUAUGUGCCCAGCGCGCAGGACAUCUUGAGGACCCGUGUGCCAACAACGGGCAUUAACGAGUACUGCUUUUCAAUGCAGAAGGUGACGCUGAGGAUUGUUGACGUUGGAGGGCAGAGGUCAGAACGCCGCAAAUGGAUCCACUGUUUUGAAAACGUGAUUGCCCUCAUCUAUUUGGCUUCCCUCAGUGAAUACGACCAAUUUCUGGAAGAGAGCAGUAGUGAAAAUCGGAUGAGGGAGAGCCUUGACCUCUUCAGGACCAUCCUGGAGCUUCCCUGGUUCUGGAGCACCUCUAUCAUCCUCUUCCUCAACAAAGUGGACAUCUUGGAAGAGAAGAUUGUGAGCUCAGACCUGGCUGCUUACUUCCCAAAUUUUCCAGGCCCCAAGCAGGACGUUCACGCUGCCAAAGAGUUCAUUCUCGAAAUGUACAGGGACAUCUUCAGGCAGUUCCUGGUCUCCGAUGGCAACUCUAGUGUGGGGCCUUCCGGAGAGGUCUGCAGGCCCCGGAUCCUUUACCCUCACUACACCUGCGCCACGGACACGCAGAACAUCUGCACGGUCUUUGAGGACAUCAAGGACGCAGUCCUGGCCGCCUACCUGGAUGAGUUCAACCUGGUUUAAAGGGAUUUGGGGGGGCCCAGAAGAGGCUGGACUGAUCCACCCAUUCCCCUUCGAGGCUUUUUGGGAAACUGGCAGCUGUGUUGAUGCCCGUUUCAAAAUGCUGUAAGCGGCGAGAUCUUUCCUUAACCCUUGGGGGUCCUCGAUGCGCGGAUGGGCCUGUCUUUUGGAGACCUGUCCACCAAGGAAAAGCUCCAGGGCUGCAACAAAUAGGACACGGCUCUGUCGGAAGGGAUUUCAAAGUUGCACCCUCCCUGGCCUUGACAUGACGCUGUCCCAGAAUGCACUGUGGGAACAGAGGGCAAGCCGUGGAGUCUUGCCUCCGAAUUGGUCUCAUGGCUUCGCUGGGGCUGGGGCUGCGAGUUGCAGCCAGAAGGUCCACAGGCCUCGUUCUGGCUCCUUCUCAGCCUCUGUCCACAGCUCUGAAACUUUGCUUCUAAUCAAACUUUGGCCCGUAGAGCCCCAGUGGUUCACGAGCUUCAUUCAGGUGGUCCGGGGCAUGGGCCACGUUAGAUCUUCAUAUAGAUCUUUGAUUUUUUUCUUUUAUAUAUAUAUAUAUAUUGCAUUUAAUUGUAUUACGGUCUGAAGUCCCUAAAAAUGCCGUGUUACAG